UUCCCAUUUGCACCUGAAGGCAGCAUUAAGUUUCCCGGGAGUCCCACCUCUCUCCCAGCCGGGCAGGUAAGGACAAAGUUUCCCCAGCUUUACCUCACCUGUCCGGGCGUCAAACAGCCCAGGUGAGGCAUCAACAUUAACACACCUGAGCUCCAGGGAGGAGGACCGACCCUCAGCCAUGGCCGAGUCCCAGCUUACGUGCAUGGAGGACGGCCACAUCGGAGCCAAUGUCCCGGAGAACAAACCGGAGUUUUACUACAGCGAAGCGCAACGAUCCGCCAUAGAGGAGCUGCUGAGGAAUGGUGACGGAGCCUUCAAAAUGCGACUCAACGAGGACAAAAUCACCGAUUUCCUGUCCGCGAGGGAGGUGAAGCUGCUGGUAAACACCUUCAAAAAGUACGAUUUGAAUCCGGAGGAAAGUAGCAGUACUCCGGAUCCGACAGACCAUGAUUCAGGGCUCCAAUCCACUUAUUGGCCCCAGAUGUCGGACACGGAUGUUCCGCCGCUGGAUAUCGGCUGGCCCAGCGGGGGGUUCUUCAAGGGAGUGACGCGCGUGGCAGUGCACACUCACCCGCCUAAAGAGAAUGGACCUCACAUCAAGAUGGUCGUGAGGAAGAUGAUCCAGGAGGCCAGCAAGGUGAUAGCGAUCGUGAUGGACAUGCUGACAGACGUGCAGAUCCUUCAGGACCUGAUGGACGCCGCCUCUCGUCGCUCUGUGCCCGUUUACAUCCUGUUGGAGAACCAAGCCAUGCCGCACUUCCUGGAUAUCUGCCACCGGCUGCAGAUCGGAGCACAGCACCUCCGGAACAUCAGAACCAGAACUCUUCAGGGCGUUGGAUUCGGUUUGUCUUUCGGGAAAGUGCCCGGCGCCCUCUGUAAUAAAUACAUGCUCAUCGACGGGGACAAAGUGGCGUUUGGCUCCUACAGUUUCUCGUGGUGUACGUCUCGUAUCGACCGGAACAUGAUCACGGUGAUGACGGGGCAGGUGGUGGACUCCUUCGAUCAGGAUUUCCGAGAGCUUUACGCCGUCUCCGAGAAGCUGGAUCUCUACAAGGAGUUCCACGUUACCAAACCUGCUAUCAACGCCACCCUACGCUCCAAAGUGGUUCCCAAACGCCCGCCUCUACCAGCGACAACCUCCCGAUUCCAGGUCAGUAUAGGGGACUCGCGCAAUGCUACAAUCAAGGUUCCUGCACACAAGUACUACAACCCCAAAUACGCACUGGCGUUCGGGGAAAUCAAUCGUCCAACAGGGUCUCUACAAGAACCAGGACCCAAGAGAGGGUUAGCUCUGCCGGAUGAUCUUGAUGAGAUGGGAGUUGGAAGACCACGAGUGACCAGCAGCGAGAGGAUGGACCGUCUGAGUCCCCUGCCCUCUGAGGAUCCUGGAGACAGCUUCAAGAGGACAAACGGACUCCAGCAGCAGGACAAGAAGGGGUGGGGCGGGUGGAAGUCGAAGUUCUUCAGGAGGAAAUUGUCCAAUAGGGAUAUUUUGGAUACCAUCAGCACCGAACCCUCAGAGAGCAACAGGACGGACGAGAACGAGGACGACUUCGAGGUGACCGUGAAGUCUCCGUCCAAGAGGAGGCUGCCUAAACUGGGCCUGAGGACAAACUCCAGGCAGUCCGUCAACACCGCACAGGACAACGAGAGUGUUAAGAGUGGAGGGAAAGGUUGUAAAAUGUCCUGAGGAGAACCUGCUGCUGUCUGACCACAAAAUGAACUACAUCUUUUUGAAAAAUGGAUUACAAAUUGACUUUUGUAACACUGACGUCACCUUAAACUGUGCAAUACAAGUGCUUUAUCCAGUGCCUUACAGAGAGACCAUGAAUGUACAGUUCUUAGUGCACUGACACAUUUGGAGAUGGUGCCAAAUAUAUAAAAUUGACUCCAAAAUCAAUAUGCUCGAGGUUAUCUGUAACCCUGAUGGUGUGCAGAGAGGUUCAAGCCGAUUUUAGCCUGUGAUUGAUUGCUCUGUAUGUUGAUAUAUGAAUAUAAGGUUUGUCUAAGGCUUAUUGAAUGUAAAUUGAGCAAUACUUGGGUUUUAUUCCUGCCAACAGAACGUUUUUUAUAAGGUUAAACAUUAAUACACCUCCUCAAACUUCCAAAGGUGACCUACAGCGGAGUCCUGAGCAAGGAUUGAAAUGGGUAAAACCCUCAUUGAGAAAUCUGAAAUAGGAGACUUCUCAGGCUUUGAUUUAUUUCUCCUUUUGACUAAUCUACUAAACCAAUGUUUGAGAUCUACCUGCAUCAGCCCUGUUGUUAUGGUCCAUUGUGGGCUUUCGUAUGUGUACAGUACUAAAAUAUAUUGUUAGUAAUAUCUGUGAAAUAAUAUUGUACAGUGUUUAUUUCAAUGUCCAUUUGCUACACAUUGUGUUUGUGCCCAAUAAAUGGUUUCUGAUAAUGAACA